CACCGGAUAACCGUUGAUCGUCAGUCAGUUCUCAAACGCCUUCAGUACAGCCGGCCAAGCAAAGCCACUCGUGGAAGUGAUCUAACGCUUCGUUUCUGUUGCGAUCCAAAAACAAACCAAAGCACCUUAUCUUAUUCUACAAUGGCAUCGUUCAAAGUAACCCUGUUCUUCGCCCUCGUCGCCCUCGUUGCGAUCGUGUCGGCCAUCCCUGCCCCGCAGCAACCGGCCGCAGCCCGGCAACCGAUUGAGCCGCGUCCUGCAGCGGCCGCAGAAGCAGCGGACGAGCUGGAGGCCGGCGCCGACGACAAGGACCUGAAGGGGGCUUCCUCCUUCGGCUACGGCUACUACGGCGGCUACCCGGGAUACUACGGAUACGGCUAUCCCGGCUACUCCUACAGCUAUGGAUGGGGUCGCUACCCGUACUACCGCUACGGAGGACUGUACGGUGGAUACUGGUACUAGAGUGUGCUAGCCCAGAGCUUGCCCCCCCACCCUCUAGUUAGCCCAUUGCCAUCAUACGCACCCGGAUAAGCGAACGCAACGCAUGGAACUUCUGUCUCACCGGCAAAACAUCAAACCUUUAGUCUGUAGGAUCAUCGUCCACCUGAACCCUUCCAUCACUGAUCUUCCCCCCUUUCCCCGCCGUUCUUCCGAUCACAAACUUGACUCAAACACUUUAUUUAAGCAAUAGCAAAUAGUUUUCCACUUCUUUUUUUCCUGUUUUGUUCUGGACGCUACUGUGUCCAGGGUUUUUUUUCAACAAUUUGCCCAAAUACCGUUUCCGUGGGCGGUAAGCCGUUCCGUCGUUUCGGUACACGUAGUUCAUCUUUUCUGUGUUCUAUCGUUCUAUUUAUGAAGCAAAGCAAAGCAAACACAAAAAAACCAAAACGCUGCCGUUCGAUUAACGAAACAAGCAAAGCAAAACAACAAAGCAAAAAAAACUGGAAACUUUUGUAUAUAAUGGUUAUCCUUUUUUCUAAUAAAAAGAGCAUAAACAGUA